GCACAUGUCCUUCGUUGAUGGUGUCGACCUGUUCGACAACAAGAUGUUUUCCAUCACGCCUGCGGAGUCCAAGAUCAUGGAUCCACAGCAGCGGGUGGUGCUUGAAGUUGGCUACGAGGCCCUCUUCUCGGGCGGAUACAAGAAAGGCAAGAUCAUGAACUCGCUUGGGGGCAUGUAUCUUGGCUACGGCACUGGCAACUCUGACUUUGGCCACGUCGAGCGCACUACGGACGGUUCCGCAGAGGGCUCCUUCGGAGCCACCGGCGGUUCUGCGGCGAUCACCGCGAAUCGGUUUAGCUUUGUUCUGGGCAUGAAGGGCCCGAGCAUCGCUGUGGAUGCAGAG